AGACAACUCUUCUCCUUCUCUCUCUCUCCCCUUCCAUUUCUCUAUUAUUCCCUUCCUAUCCACUUCUCCCCCAUUAUUUAUACCACCCCCAACGUUAAUAUUGCUCCACACUUCAGGCAAUAUUGUUAAUUGCCCUUCUUCCCAAAGCCCAUAUAUCCUUCUAAUCAACAAAUAUUGACCCAUCCCAAGUAAUGGGAGAUCAGCUUCGCCUCGCUGUUGGAAUGAUAGGCAAUGCGACUUCUAUGUUGCUUUAUGCUGCUCCAAUAUUAACUUUCUCAAGGGUCAUAAAAAAGAAAAGCACCGAGAAGUUCUCAUGUGUUCCAUACAUCAUUGCAAUGCUCAACUGUUCAUGUUACACUUGGUAUGGCUUGCCUGUUGUCAGCUGCAAAUGGGAAAAUUUCCCACUGGUCACCAUUAAUGGCUUGGGCGUUGUUCUUGAGCUCUCCUUCAUUCUCAUCUAUUUCUUGUUUGCUCCGCCUAAAGGAAAGAAGCAGGUCGCUAUAAUAACAAUACCCAUAGUCCUAAUCUUUUGCGCCGCUGCCUUGGUGUCGGCUUUUGUAUUUCACGAUCACCACCAUCGCAAGGUAGUCAUCGGGAGUAUUGGAAUCAUAGCCUCUGCAGCAAUGUACGCUUCUCCUCUGGUGGUUGUGAAACAAGUAAUAGAGACAAAGAGCGUCGAAUUUAUGCCAUUUUCUCUGUCAUUAUUCUCAUUUCUGGCGAGUUUGCUAUGGAUGGCCUAUGGACUGCUGAGCCGCGAUCUUCUUCUCGCGUUUCCUAAUUUGAUUGGCGCCCCAUUAGGCAUGCUCCAAAUUCUGGUUUAUUGCAAGUACAGGAGAAGAGGAAUUAUGGAGGAACCACAGAAAUGGGACAUAGAGAAGAUUAAUGAUGAGAAAGCCAAGCAGAAAUUGCAGCUCAUGGCUAGCAGUGCUGAUAAUGCAGCUGCUAUUAGUGGCAAGAGUUGAUGAUUAACAACUACUUCAUAAUAUAUACUAGUAUCAAUGUUGUUUGCAUGCAGGUCCUUUUGAGUUAAUUUUCUUUCUUCCAUGUUGUUGUAACCUAAGCUUUGUGCUGAAAAUCUUAGGAUUAAAUAAACAAAUUCAAGGGCGCAA